AUGAUCUCCGGACCACUCUUCUUGUGCCUGUGGCUAAUCACUCUUGCUGUUGCCAAUGAUGUCGGUCCCGGCUACUACCCUCCGAGUGUAGACGCAGCUACUUGGGAGACCAAAUAUGGCUCCUAUCCCUUCAAGUCGUACCGAUCCUCCAAUAUCACUUCUCCUGCCGUGAGAAAGGCCGUCGACUCGCCCUUGUGUUACGACGACAACUACAUUUUCCUGUCUCCUCGAGGCUUCCGAGUUCCGAAUCCUUCUGUCACCAUCCUCGACAACCAUGGCGACCUCAUCUGGUCGCAUUUGGUCAAAGGACAGGCCUACAACCUCAAAGUUCAAGAGUACAAGGGAGAAAAGGUCUUGACAUAUUGGGUCGGUGAUGAUGCUGUUGGCGGACAUGGAGAAGGUUACUUCUACGUCCUCAACACCAAGUACGAAGAGAUCGCUCGCAUCAGAGGUGUCAACAAUCUUCGUGCCGAUCUCCACGAGUUGACCAUCACUCCGGAAGGCACCGCUCUUGUCACCUUCUACCAAAUCUACCCUCUCCACCAUCCAGGCAUGUUCAGAAUAACUGACACUGUCUACAUCUGGGAUUGUCUGUUCCAAGAGUUCGAUAUUGCUUCCCAGAAACUCAUUUUUGAGUGGAGAGCCUCCGAGCAUCACCAACUUGACGAAUCCUACACCAAAGUGGAUACUGACGGCCUUUCCAUCGAUCAUCCCUAUGAUUGGUACCACAUCAACAGCGUCCAGAAAGACGACCUCGGCAAUUAUCUUGUCUCUGCUCGCUUCACAUCAACAAUAACCUACAUCAACGGUCGUACAGGCGACAUCAUUUGGUACCUUGGUGGAAAGCGCAAUUCUUUCUCUGAUCUUAGCAAUGGUCAAGCCACGAACAUGGAGUACCAACAUGUCGCUCGCUUUGCUCCCCUGACCACUUUUGCCUCACUGAUGGCCAAGGAAAUCGUCGAUCACGGAAAGAAAACGCACAAGGACGGUUUCACAAAACAACUGCUUACCCUGUUCGACAACGGCAUCCCACCACGUCCUGCUCGAGGUCUUAUCCUCGAGUUGACAUAUCCUGAUCAAGGCAUCAGUACCAACGCACCCUUGACUGCCAGAGUCGUCAAAGCUUACGAACAUCCCUUACACAUCGACUCUGUCUCUCAAGGUUCCUUCCAAGCCGUUCACUCGAACCUGACCCAAAAUUCUGAUCCGCAUGUCUUACUCGGCUUCGGCUGGCAAGGCACAUGGACCGAAUACCUCGCCGACGGAACUCUCCUCUGUGAUUCCCGCAUUGUUGUUGAGAAGGGUCUUCAGACUCCUGGAAAAGGAUAUGUCCAAUCUUACUCUGUGCUCAAGUUUCCUUGGAAAGCUACCCCACGUUACCCUCCUGUCGCUGUCCCCGGCAAAGACAAGACUAGUGUUUUUGUUUCGUGGAACGGUGCUACUGAUGUCCACGCUUGGCAACUAAGUGUCCUGAUCAACGAUCAAUGGCAGUUGCACAGAAAAGAACUCAAAGACUCCUUUGAGACGGAGAUCUAUCUUCCUAACAAAGAUCUUGGCAGAGGGCUGAUUCGUUAUGUCCUUGUCGAGGCUUUGGAUGAGAAUGGCAAGGUGCUUGGGAAAACGGAAAUCGUGGACCUGUGGGCCAAAGGACUGGUCAGUAGGAUUACGAAGAUGGGUGAUGGUGGCUAUGGCUCAUGGUUUGGGCUGCUGCUUGUCAUUGCCGUUGUGGUUUUCAUUGCCGACCGUGUCAUCAAAUCGAGAAGGAGUGGCAGAGCUUAUCAGAAAUUGAGAAAGCACUGA